GACGAGCUGCGAGUCUGCGCCUCUGUCAGUGCUGCGUGUCUUUCAGCGGGUGUUUGCGAGAGUGCACAGGCAGGAGUGUAAAGUCCACUUGGAUUAUCUGAAGCUCGAAGAAACAUACAUAUCUUUUUCUGCGCACGAAUACAGGUUCCUUCAGCGUGGCGAACAAGAGGCUGCCUGUUUUCAUCCGAGUGCGUCGGUGUGCUGUUUUGUGCGUGUGUAUUUGUGUGCAGGGGUGUAUGUGAGUCACAGGGUGAAUAUGCCAGUGUGAAUGCCUGUAUAUACAUAUACAUCCUGAACGGAGAGUGUUUGUCCCGUGAGGUGCUCGGUGGAGAUGCAGCGAGGUGUGUCCUCUGUGGUGCAGCUGCUGCUGUUGCUGGGCUGCUUGUGUGCCGUGGCAACCGGCUACCUGUUCAGGACACCCCUGGACCUGGAUGUGACUCCACGUGUCACUGUGCUAAACAGCGGUCUCCGAGGCUGCAGGCAUUUCCAGUCGUCUGCAGUCAACUACAGCACCAUGUUGCUGGAGGCUGACAGUGAGCGUCUGUACAUCGGGGCCCGUGGGGCCGUAUUCGCUCUCAAUGCCUCUGACAUCUCAGCCAGCUCUGCUCUCAAUACAGAGUGUUUUAAUCACAUCCGCCUUCUCCAGAGGUUCAACUCAACUCAUCUCUACACGUGUGGUACUAAUGCCUACAGACCCCUCUGUGCAUACAUAGACGUGGAGAGAUUUGUGAUUUCAUCUCAGCCUGAAGAAGGCAGAGACAAAUGCCCCUACGGCCCCACAACAGGUUACACUGCCCUCAUUAUAGACCAGCAGAUAUACACAGCUUCCCAGUAUGAGUUUAGGAGCUUUCCAGAUAUCCGCCGAAACUCUCCGUCUCCCACGCUGAAGACAGAAGAUGCUCCCACACGCUGGCUGAAUGAGGCAGACUUUGUGGGUUCGGUUCUCGUGAGGGAGAGUGUGGGCAGCAGUACUGGCGAUGACGACAAGAUCUAUUUCUUCUUCACUGAAAUAAGCCAGCAACAGACACCAACCUACAGCCACAGCCGGGUGGCACGAGUUGCUCGGGUUUGUAAGGAAGACCGCGGAGGCCAUUUAACUCUCCAGAAACGGUGGACGUCCUUCCUCAAGACUCGGUUGACUUGUUCUCUUCCCGAGUAUGAUUUCCACUUCAACAUGCUGCGCAGCGUGUUCGCUCUGCCUGGCCAAACGCCGCAGGACAUGCUUUUCUACGGCAUCUUUGGCCCUGAGUGGAAAAACGUGAAGGCGUCUGCAGUGUGUCGGUUCACUCUGUCUGAAGUCCAAGAAGCCUUUCAAGGACCUUACAUGGAGAACCAGGACUCUGGUUCUAAGUGGAAGGAAUACACUGGAAAGAUCCCCGACCCGCGACCUGGAACGUGUAUAACUGAUGCUCUGAGGGCCAGGAACAUGAACUUCUCCACUUCCCUGCCUGAUGAUGUUCUGAAUUUUGUCAGGAGGCAUCCUCUGAUGUCCAAGCAGGUCGAGCCUAAGGACCGACGCCCCCUUUUGUUUAGGAGGACCACAGACUACACACACAUGGGUGUGCACACGGCCCAGGGAUUAGAUGGAAAAACUUACCAUGUAUUGUACAUGGGCACAGAUGAAGGCUGGUUACACAAAGCUGUAGACAUCAAAGGUCAGCUGCACAUUAUUGAGGAGCUUCAGCUGUUUGGAGAGCCACAGCCUGUUAACAAUCUACUGAUAUCUGACAAACAGUGGAGUGUGUACGUGGGCUCUCCAUCAGGCGUGGUUCAGCUGCCACUCUCUAGCUGUGGUAGAUACACUUCCUGCUAUGAUUGCAUCUUUGCCAGGGACCCGCACUGUGCCUGGAACGGAGCAGAGUGCGUGGACGUCAUGAUGCAAGCAGACAGAUCCACAUUAAUCCAGGAUAUCCAGCAUGGCACCAAGGGAUGUGAGAACACGCAAGGCGAUGUUGUUCACCGGAACCGCUCGGUGCGGGUCGGUGAUGACGUGCUGCUGCAGUGCGAGCUCAGCUCCAAUCUGGCGACGCCCCUCUGGAUGCUGGACGGCAGACAGGUGCAGGGGUACGACCUCAACUCUGGUUUUAGAACCGGCACAGAUGGCCUGCUGAUCAUCAAUGCCCGGCAGGACCAAAGUGGCUUGUACACCUGCUACGGCGUUGAAAACAGUGUAAAGGUUGCAAUAGUUACCUACAAUGUCACCAUCCAGUUGGACCUGCACCCUCUACCGCCUGUUGAUCCAACUCAUAGCUCUACCACCGUCAGAGGCCCCAGUGAGCAUCCCCAGACAGAGAGGGGCAAGCCACCACUGCUGAGCCCUCUUCUCCCACACUCAGAUCUGCUUUCCCCCAGGAACAUGAAGGCCAUCUACCUCUCCCUCAUCACUAUCCUCGGAGGCCUGUGCGUGGUUCUCACAGUGGUUCUUAUCUAUGUGGGCUUCUGUUUGCGAGUAGGCCAAAGAGGAAAGUACUCAAUACGGGCUGCGGCUGCGGCCCACCAGAGUGGUAAGAAGCACCACAGGAACAGGAAACAGCACAGAAACUCCACCACCAUGGAGCUGAAGACCAUCUCGAGUCACUGUAAUGGCAACGGCAUUUGUAACGGAGGUUCAAAUAUGCAUAACGGCAACAUCCAGGACGGAGGCUUACUACAGAUUGUCCCUGGCGAGGGUCACACUUCACCCAGUAAUGAACCUCCUCCCCCAGCACCGCCUCUCCCCCCCACACCUCAACUUACCUCGCCGGGGUGUGACUUUUCCAACGGGCUGUCGGCAACACUGCCUAGUGUCCUGAGGAGGAUACAUGGGAACAGCUAUGUGCUCCUGAGACAGAGCGACUCUGAAAAUAUGUCACCACCUGGUUAUUCCUUUGCUGAGGAGCUCAACAAGAUCUUAGAGAAGAGGAAACACACUCAGCUGCUGCCCAGGCCGGAUGAGAGCUCUGUGUAGACAGAUGUAGCUUCCCCUAUAGUGGGCGUACUGCUAAGUGUUCUUAGCUGGUGCCUGUCACGUGACUCAUUACUGUUGUGGUCUAAAGCAGUGAACGGGUCAGAAAUGAGACAUUCCUAUUUUUGAACUGCUUGUCAAACUGAAUUCCCCAAUUUCCCAAUGCGCGACAAAUGAGAAGAUAAAUUCCAGUGAAGGGGCCGAGCAUGAAACAACAAAAAAGAGCAAUCUACCUCACCUCAAAACUGCCCAUAAGAACAAGUGCAGUCAGUCCCCAGUCUGAUCUGAGUGUCAUGUCUGAGCCCUCUGAUCCACAGAGCACAAAGCGGGAUGCACAGGCUCCACCAACAAGUCAAAUUGAGCCACACUGGAAUAUGAAUACAUGUGAAGAGUUGAUUCAGACCGGAGGGCAGCUAGCCAGAGUUCGUUUGAGCACAGAUGGCCUAUGCAUUUUUAAAAACAUGAAGGGAGAGAGGGGAGGGAACGUGGUGCGCAAUGUUUUUGCUUUUAACUAAUUGCAAUAACCAACACAAUAUUUUACAGUAAUAUAGGACUGGAUGGCACAUAACAUUUACACCAGCCAUCAAUUGGUGAACUAAUCAUUAUUUAAUAUUAACCCUGCUUAACUAAGUAUUUCUUUAUUUACUGAUUUAUAUAAUUACUACACACGUAAUGCACCACUUUUAGUAGAUAAUUGUCAUAUUAAUCAUUUAUAUGUAUUGUUUAAAUUGCAGAAAAAUUUAUUUGUGUUAAUUUGUUGAUAAUCCAGGUGAUGCUGUUAAUGCAUCAUAAAUGGUUAAAACAUGAAGCAGUGUGUUAGCCUUUAAUACUCCAGUUUAAUUAAUAUCUACUAAUUCCUUCAAGUAGCCAUUAGAGUCCACAUUACAUGCAAAAUUCAUGAGGGAUUAAACUUAUUAAACCCUUAGAUGAAAAUGUAUUAAAUAGUGAUUAUUUCACCAAGUACUGAUGGACAUCCCAAGAUAAUAUGUGACAGUAUUAUAAUUAUUUUAGUGCACUUUAAAUGCUAGUAAUUUUAAAGUCAUUGUUAUUAACUGCAACCAGCCAGCCAGAGGAAGUUUUUUUUCUUUCCCCCCCUUGUCAGUGUGAUGAGUUGCAACUGUGCAGACCUCAGCUGUGUCUGCUGGACCUUCUCUGACACAGUGGGUCAGGAGAAAAACACUGACUGAGCCUGAAUCCACCGCUGAGUGACACCCUGCAUGAGACCGUCACACAGAAUGACAGACUGCGGGAAACAGAGUUCGCCAAGAGCGUUCCAAGGUGUGAUGAGCGCAGGUCAGUUUGAAGCCCACUUAAUUUCAUUCCCGAGGAUACCAUCUCUCAACCAGUGUCAGAUGGCAAAACUGGCUGCAAAGAUAUUCUUUAAUGAGCACUGAAAUCAAAUUUUCUGUCGUUAGUGGACAGUGGCGCCUGAAGCGAGGCUGGAUAAGGGCUACAGCAUAAGAGUCUCUGCCCCAGCAGCAACAACUGAAAAGGAAAUUGUUGGCUCCCGUGUCUUACCGAGCAGCAUUUCUUCUUCAGAAAGCAGCUGCGUGUGUGUUUAUGUGUGCGCAGAGUGCCCUUCCCUCCGUUUCAUGUAAUAACCUUUUUUCCCCUCACUUGCUGCAUGAAUUAUUUCAACACUGUUUCUCUUUAAGUAAAGGACAAAGAAAACUCAUUUUACUAUUAAUCGAAAGUGCCAAGUUUGUUGUUUUGUGCGCCUAUUUUAUCCCUCAAAGAAGCUGCAUAUUUAUUUUGUAAUUUUGUACAUUGUAUGUUUUGGAAUUUACUGUCGAUGUUUUGUGUCAAAGUGCCACUUGUUAAACAAAAGCCUAACAAAAAGGAGGAUCACACUUUGCCUGUGUUGCACAAAAUGUAAUAAAUAGAAGCACGGUAGACAAACAAAAAGCAUGCAGAAGCCGUACCAGCACCACAGAAGUGAGUAUUUAUAACCUACUAAGGGAAAUGAAAAUACACCAAAUUAUAUAUAAACCUCACAAUAUUCCUAAUGUCUUAAUGAGGGAUCGUUAAGCUUUUUUUGUCACUGUAAUUGUUUUGUUCUCUGUUUGCAUGCUUGUGCACACAGCAAAUCCAAUUCUUUUAUUAAGCUAACACAAAGAAUUAAAAGGGAAGUGGGUUCCUUCACAUUUCAGUCAUGAUGAAUUUGAAUAAA